AUGGUCCUGCUCGUGAUCAGGUAUUCCGUCGUUGUCCAUAUCGUCAUCAACUGUGUCUGGAACACCGUCACCAUCCGAGUCCUGGAGGAGGUCACCGCCGCCUUCGCCAGCAGCGUCCAAAUCGUGGCUGUCAGGAAUGCCGUCGUUAUCGUCGUCGUGAUCCAGACUGUCUGGAAUGCCAUCCUGCCAAUUAGUAGAAGGGUCGGGCAGGCAAGUACAUUCGAAUUGAGAAAGGGUUAA